AUACUUGUACUAGGAACUUUAUAUGCCUCUACUCUAUUUUUUUUUGGGGUAUUUUUAAGGUUGGCAAUUCUUGUAGAAGUCGGAGAAAAUUGUAGAGAUUUUUUAUCUCUAUUGUCUUUUAUGGUAUAUGUGAGCGGGAUUACUGCUGUAAUCGGCUAUUUUGUAACUUUCUUUCCUAAAAAAUUUGAGGGUCGAGAUCAAAGAUACUGUCUUAUGAGGGUUUCUUAUCUUAUUGGAUUAAGUGCUUAUAUUGCUUGAACCAUGUCUUCGUACAGAUAUUCUGGUCCUGAUCUAUUUAAUCCGUGAUAUUCUAGUGGGAUACUAAGAGCUCAUGGGCAAGUAAUUAGGUUUUUAGCACCAGUUUUAUUGGUUGUCAUGGUAGCAGUAGUUGUAAUAUCCAAGCCAGAGCGGAAUACUCUUCGUCGUUGAAAGCAUAGAAAGCCGUACAGAGCCAAAAGGGGGUAA